CCGCCAUUUUGGAGCUCCUGAUGAGGAUGGGGAAAGCGGGGUAAAAGAGGGAAAAGAGCCGUGAUAGAGGUGGGCGAGGACGAGGGCGAGGGCACGGCCGGCUUCUGGCCGGCAAAGGAGGUUCGCGGAAGCAGCAGCUGCCGCCCGACCGCAGCUGGAUUUUGAAGAUUGAUCCAAGGGACUGUAUUAAUUUCAGGAAUUGAUUUGAAAGACACUGGCUCUGCCACUUAACAGCCAUGUAACCUUGGAUAUGGAAGAAAGCAGCAGUGUUGCCAUGUUGGUGCCAGAUAUUGGGGAACAGGAAGCUAUGUUGACUGCCAAAACUGUCAUCAGUUCAUCAUUGGAAAUUGAUGAACAAAGAAAAGCUAAAACGGAUCCAUUAAUCCAUGUUAUCCAGAAGUUAAGCAAGAUAGUGGAACAUGAAAAGUCACAAAAAUGUCUUUUGAUUGGCAAAAAACGGUCACGUUCCAGUGCUGCAGCGCACUCUCUUGAAAGUCAAGAAUCUUGUGAGAUUCCAGCUAAAGUAACCCAGUCACCUGCUACUGAUGUUAGAAGGGCUGAGAUGUCUCAAAUACAUUUUACCCCUGACUCUCCUGCCCAGAGUGAUGGGAAGGCUAUGUCUUACCAGUGUAGCCUUUGUAAGUUUCUGUCAUCGUCUUUUUCUGUGUUAAAAGAUCAUAUCAAGCAGCAUGGUCAGCAGAACGAAGUGAUAUUAAUGUGCGCAGAGUGCCAUAUUACAUCAAAGAGCCAAGAGGAACUUGAAGCUCACGUGGUAAAUGACCAUGAAAAUGAUGCCAACAGUCACACUCAAUCCAAAGGCCAACAGUGCGUAAGCCCCACCAACCCCUUGUGUCACCGAACCUCAGAAAGAAACAGUGAAACCAUUCCUGACAUCCCAGCAAGUGUGGACAACCCGCAGGCUCAUCCCGUCCAGACAGCGUCCGUGGCAGAAAUGGGAAAGAGGAAAUGGUACGCCUACGAGCAGUACGGCAUGUAUCGGUGCCUGUUUUGCAGUUACACCUGUGGCCAGCAGAGGAUGUUGAAAACACAUGCUUGGAAACAUGCCGGGGAGGUCGACUGCUCCUAUCCGAUCUUUGAAAAUGAGAAUGAGCCCCUAGGCCUGCUGGAUUCUUCCGUGACUGCUGCACCCAGCGGCGUCCACGCAGUAGUCAUUGCGAUUGGAGACAAUGAGCUGAGUAUCCACAACGGGCCGUCAGUGCAGGUGCAGAUUUGCAGCUCAGAGCCGUUAUCUUCCUCUCCGUUAGAACAGAGUGCAGAAGGUGGGGUUCAUCUCAGUCAGUCAGUUACCCUUGACACUAACGAGGAAGAAAUGCUCGAGGUGAUUUCUGAUGCCGAGGAGAACCUGGUUGCUGAUAGUCUCCUUUCAUCAGCACAGAAAAUCAUUAGCAGCAGCCCAAAUAAAAAAGGUCACGUUAACGUGAUAGUGGAGCGUCUGCCAAGUGCUGAAGAAACGCUUUCACAGAAACAUUUCCUCAUAAAUGCCGAGAUCGAAGAGGGGAAAAGCCUGAGCCCAACAGAAGCCAAGAUUGGGUGCGAAGGAAGAGAGGAAGUCUAUCGUGCUGAUAAAUGCACUGUUGAUAUCGGGGGGCUGAUCAUAGGCUGGGGCAACUCAGAGAAGAAAGACGGCGAGUUAAUAAACAAAGGACUGGCUACUGAUGAGAAUGCCCCACCGGGCCGAAGAAGGACAAAUUCUGAGUCUCUUAGACUACACUCACUAGCUGCAGAAGCCCUGGUUACAAUGCCCAUAAGAGCUGCAGAGCUAACACGAACCAACCUUGGGCACUAUGGGAACAUAAACCUUUUAGACCCGGACACCGGACAAAGGCAAGUAGAUGGGACAGUGGCAGCAUAUUCUAAAAUGAUAUCCCCACUGAAAAACUCUCCUGAGGGGUUAGCUAGUUUCAACCAAAGCAACUCUACCUUAGUAGCACUCCCAGAGGGUAGGCAGGAGCUGGCAGACGGGCAGGUUAAGACGGGCAUCAGCAUGUCCCUCCUCACUGUGAUUGAAAAGUUACGGGAAAGGACAGACCAAAAUGCUUCCGAUGAUGAUAUUUUGAAAGAGUUGCAGGAUAACGCCCAGUGCCAACCCAGCAGCGAUGCGAGUCUGUCGGGAAGCAGCGUGGUGGAGUACAUCCCUAACGCCGAGCGGCCCUACCGCUGCCGGCUGUGCCACUACAGCAGCGGUAACAAGGGUUACAUCAAGCAGCACCUGCGGGUCCAUCGGCAGAGACAGCCCUACCAGUGUCCCAUCUGCGAGCACAUUGCUGACAACAGCAAAGACCUGGAGAGCCACAUGAUCAACCACUGCAAAACAAGAAUAUACCAGUGCAAGCAGUGUGAGGACUCCUUCCAUUAUAAGAGUCAACUGAGGAACCAUGAGAGGGAGCAACACAGUCUUCCAGAUACCUUGUCAAUAGCAACUUGUAAUGAGUCCAGAAUAUCCAAUGAUAAAACUGAUGGAAAAUGUGUUCAGGAAGGGAAUAAGUCUUCAGCCCAGAAACAGUAUAGAUGUGAUGUGUGUGAUUAUACAAGUACAACAUACGUUGGUGUCAGAAACCACAGACGGAUCCAUAACGCUGAGAAGCCUUACAGAUGCUCCUUGUGUGGCUAUGUGUGCAGCCACCCUCCCUCUUUGAAGUCUCACAUGUGGAAACAUGCCAGCGACCAAAAUUACAACUACGAGCAAGUGAACAAGGCUAUCAAUGAUGCGAUUUCACAAAGUGGCAGGAUUCGGGGGAAAUCCUCUGGAAAGACAGUAUUAAACAGCAGUGAAGAAAGAGCCGAUUCUCUCACUUCUGCAAGUUCAGAAAAUUUAGUGUCAUCCUCAGAGCUGAUUCCCCAGGCUCCCAGUGAAGUCAAAGGUCCCAACGAGAAUGAGAAGCUAAGCCCUGCAAGUAAUACCUCAUGCAGUUUAGAAAAAAACUCCAGUCUAGCCCCUCCUGGCGUGGAGUAUUGCGUUUUACUCUUCUGUUGUUGUAUAUGUGGUUUUGAAUCUACCAGCAAAGAGAAUCUCUUGGAUCAUAUGAAAGAGCAUGAGGGCGAAAUUGUAAACAUCAUCCUAAAUAAGGACCACAACACAACUCUAAACACAAAUUAGAUGGAAUUGUUAUCCAAAGAGGAAACCAGCCGAAGAAGAAUCCUUUAAACUGCAGUUUGCCCUUUGUGCUGUCCAGUAACUUACUAGACAUAGAAGAAAUAGUUGGUGUGAUUCUUGAGGAAAUGACGGAUGGGACUUUGGAACCAAAUUUGUAAUGUAAUAAGAGAAAUUCCAAAUAGAUAAGGGGUAAUAAUAUUUAAGCAUUUUGAGUGAGGGAAAAUGGGUUGAGGAGGCAGCCAAGAUAUAACCUUACAAUAACCUUCUGUUACCUCUUAGUUUGGGUGUAUUUAUUAUUAAAAGCUUAUUAUAGUGUAGAAAUGCAAGCAAGAGAGUUAAGAAGGGGCUUUUCAGGAACUAUUCCAAAACGUACUGUUACUAAAGUGUCACAGUCUUGAGCAGACGUUAGUUUUCUUCAUUCUCAAUUUUGACAUGAAUGACAGGCCUCUUGUGAGAAAUGGGAGGCAAGUGUCUAAGGGAUUUUUGGUAUCAACAAGAAAAAUAAGAUGAUUACAGGGCUUUGAGAUGAUCAAUCGAAAUCUUUUGCCAGAUUGAUAGGAAUAAAUCUAUACCCAACCUGAGAUAUAUUAUUAAUACUUUACUCUUUAGAAAGAAAAGAGAUCUCUAGAUCCAAAUCUAGAUUAUAAGUAACCAUUUACAAAGUAAAUUAUUGUCUUAAAUUUACAGUGAAUGUCUUGUGAGCAAAAGAGGAGAAAGGUGAAUUCCUACCAACCUCAAAUCAAAACUUAAGAUUCAUAAAAAUGGUGCCUGGUUGAGCACAGUGCACUUCUCAGAGAUUGUUUUCAGAGUGUUGAUAGAAACACCAGUUUUCUCAGUAGUUACAUAGGCCUAGUUCUAAUCCACUCUUCUAAACUAGACCAUGCUUGUUAUCUUAAAAAGUCUGUUAAAACAACAAAGUAGGAACCUGUAUCUAGCCAUGAGACCUUGGAAAUAGUUUAAACUGUUAAAUAAAAAUAAUUUAGGGGAAGUGGGAUGAAAUUCAGAAGCCCCUUCAAAUGAGUACUACUAUUGAGAUUUUAUUUCCUUUAGUUUUUUAUCUAGUUAUACUUAGCAUACGAACUAUAACCAAAUGUGGCUAAAAUAUAGUAAAAAUUCAGAGUGUUUCCAAAACUUUUAAUAACAAAAAACAUUUGGGUUUCUCCUAUCCAGGAAAUUGCAAUUUUUUUGGUGUGCAAUAGGACACAUGCGAAGCCAGUGAAAACUCGCCAUCAGAUAGAUGAAAUCUUCUCAUUAAAGACACAUUUUG